AUGACUGCUGACACCUUGUCUCUCGUCGGUAAAGUCGCGAUUGUGACUGGGUCUGGCCGUGAGAAUGGCAUUGGCGCUGCCAUUGCUAGAGCACUUGCCCGUAACGGCGCAUCUGUCGCUAUUCAUUAUGUUUCAGAAAACUCCAAGGAUAGGGCUGAAAAAGUAACAGCCGAUAUCAGCAGAGAGUUCGGAUCCAAAACUGUUGUCGUUCAAGGAGCUAUCGAAGAGCAGGCGAUGGCCGAGAAGAUAGUCCGGCAGACACUCAAAGCUUUCAAUGCUUCUGGCAUUGAUAUUCUUGUCAACAAUGCCGGUAUUGGGCUAAUCAACCCGCUGAUGGAAUCGACGCCCCAGCAGCUCAAUCAUGACUUUGGUGUGAACGUUUUCGGGUCCAUUUACCUCACUCAAGCAGUGGUAGGAGUUGGGGCUAUGCCAAGGGGAGGUCGCAUCAUCAAUAUUGGCACGAUAUCUUCCAAGCAAGGCCCGCAAGGUACCCCGGUCUACGCUGCAGCCAAAGCAGCGCAGGACAGUUUGACGGCGUCUUGGGCAGGUGAGCUCGGUCCUUCUCGUGGAAUCACUGUCAAUACAAUCGCACCUGGUCCGGUGCCGACGGACUUGUCCCGGGUCUUUCUGGAGACACCUGAAGGCAACCCAUCACCCAUGCUGGAUACCUUCUACUCCAUGGCUCGUGCAGAAGCACGUCUUGGGACUCCCGAAGAUAUCGCUGACGCGGUGCUCUUGCUCACUUCGGAGAAGAGUCGCUGGAUCACAGCACAAUGGAUUUCUGUAAGCGGAGGCAUUACGGGAACGAUGUAA